CUCAACUUGACGCCGUCUGUGUGGAGAACCCAAUCGCCCGCCUAGCUCGGAGCCCCAGACCUCAACCCAUCGUCCCCACUGGAAAGCAGAACCCAAAGGCGAUCGCCAUUAAAGCGCUCACAGCUCCCAAAGCCGGAAGAAGAUUUUCGGCGUUCCCCAACCUCCAGCGUUAUCUCUGCCAAUCUCCGAAUCGUCCAGCCCUGUUCGAUUCCCAAAUUGUUUUUUUAUUAUUUAUUAACUUUUGUGGGCAACUUUACCCGAUUUCCUCGUCAAUCCCAUCUGCAGAAUCUUGAUUUGAUCUAGGAGGAUGAAUCGUGGCCGAGGUCGAAACGCCGGAGGGUACCGGACGCCUACUAGAGGUCGAUCCUACCGUCCCCGCGGUGCCCCUGUUCAUCAUCACGGCCAUUUUGGAGCUGAUGGAUCUACUGCUGAUGUUCCCCUUGGCAGUAAUGAUGAUUUGCCUAAAGUCAAAAGGCAAACUGCAUGGCAGAAGUCAGCGGGUGGUAAUUUGAGGCAAUAUGAGUGCAAACCGACAUUGGAUUAUCUAUACGAGCCGGAUCAGCCUUCACCUGGUAUUGAUAACUUAUGUUCCCAUACAGGAAAGCUUUCACUAGGGCAAAAUUUGCCACAAGCAGUAGACCGGCCUUCACAACAACCAGAUUGUUUGCCUGCUUCUGAUUCUGCAUUUGGGAAGGAACUUUGUUCAUCAUCUGCACCUCCUGGUUUGACGGACAGACAUGGAACUGAAGGGAGAACUUACAGAGGCCAAAAUUCAGAAAAAGGAAAACAGUUGGAUCUUUCACCACCCAUGGUUAACACUGCCUAUCAGAGUGAAGGGUCCUCUAUCCUUGCAAAGUCCCAUAGUAAAGACAUGGCUACACCGGAUCAGGGACCUGGGUAUGGAAAUGCUUUUCUUGAGAAUGAAGAUGGCCAUGGAAGUUUAGAGCAUUCCGAGUCUUCCUCUGCAGUUGCUCCAUUUGAUAUUUGUCCAGCUACAAGUGGAAGUCAUAUUGUGCUAAAAGCUUCUCUAUUUUCAAAGAAUAGAGAAAGGCGUAAUGAAAACAAGCGGUCAAUGGAAGGGCUAAAUGGAAGUACAUUGAGGGCUGGGAUGGUUCUCCUAAAGAGUUACUUUUCCUGUUCUGAUCAGGUGAAAAUAGUAAAGAAAUGCAGAGACCUUGGUUUAGGUUCCGGAGGUUUUUACCAACCUGGUUACCGGGAUGGAGCAAAAUUACAAUUGAAAAUGAUGUGCCUUGGAAAGAAUUGGGAUCCUGAGAAGGGCGAAUAUUUAAGUGAACGGCCAAUUGAUGGAACUAAACCACCUGGUAUUCCUACUGAAUUUUAUCAGUUGGUAGAAGAUGCAAUAGAAGAUUCCCAUAAACUUAUUAAGAAAGAGGGCAAAGGUAGAAAUGCAGAGGACAUACUCCCCUGGAUGACACCAGAUAUUUGUAUCGUCAAUUUCUACGCAAGAAGUGGCAGACUAGGUCUCCAUCAGGAUAAAGAUGAAAGUUCGGACAGUCUUCGUAAAAGAUUGCCUGUUGUUUCGUUCUCUUUCGGAGACACAGCUGAAUUCUUAUACGGUGAUGAGAGGGACACUGAGAAGGCUGACAAAGUUCUAUUAGAAUCAGGAGAUGUACUGAUAUUUGGUGGUCAAUCUAGGCAUGUUUUUCAUGGGGUAUCAGCCAUUCAUGCAAAUACAGCCCCUAAGGCCCUUCUGGAAGAAACGCAGCUUCGUCCAGGACGUUUGAAUCUGACUUUCAGGGAGUACUAACUAUGGACAGCCUUCUACAUUGGCCUUGGGGUGUUUGUACGGUAUUUAGUUAUUCAGAGUUGCUGUGCAGUUUUAGUUGAACAAAAGACUGCUUACUUUAUAAUAUGUGCAGAUCAAUUCACUUGUGCUGUUGGAAGCAGGAUCAUAGAGAGCACAUAUUAAAAACACGUAUGAUGUACCUUUUGUGUCAAAAAAGAAAUGCAAAUAUAUAGCUUUUGAUGUUCU